AGGCAGCCCUCAGGAACGGUGGCUCAGCCUCCAGCCAGUGAGUUGCAGACUCUCCGGGUCUUCUGACAGACGGGACUGGGGUAGCUGCACACUCACGUACUCGCUCGGUAGCGUGUGUGUUAACCUAAUCCCUCCAGAGGAGCGCAGCACACUUUAGACUCAAGCGUGUGUGCCCGUGGAAGAGUCGGUCUCACACACACGCACUCCCUCCCACUCUCUCUGUCUGUGUGUCUCUUUCGCUCUGUCCCUCCGUCUUAAUCGCUCGCCACGGCCGACUGAGAAGAAGAGGUGGACAAAAGCCCCGGCCGGUGGCUGGUUUCGGCGGCACCCCGCCCAACAGCGCGCAGGCAGCAGCCUCUCUCUCCGGGCAGCGCGGAGGCGGCGGCGGCGGCGGCGGCGGUGGGGGAAGAGAGAAAGGCGAGUCGGAGAGGAGGCAGCGCUGCCGGGCCACACAACCGCCAGAUCUGUGAAAGAAAUCUGCUGCCUUGUGACGAUGGAGAGAGCAAAUGCCGCACUGCGGAAGCGAAGUCAGUACAAUAAUCAGAUUGAAUCAGACAUCGAAGAGAAUAAGAUGCGGGCUCAAAAAACACCAUUGAAGGACAAAUGUUGCCAGACGGAUAUCCACCACUAUGGCUGCUGUGGACAAGCCUAUGUUCAGGAAAUAGGUGAUCCUCCCUUGUUACAACAACAGCUUCCGACGUCAAAAUCAGGAAUUCAGCAAAUCAUUGAGUGCUUCCGAACAGGAACCACACAAUUGAAGCAUCUUUUACUGAAAGAGGUGGACACUAUCUUUGAAUGCAAGUUGUGUCGAAGCCUGUUCAGAGGUCUGCCCAACCUGAUUACACAUAAGGAGUUUUACUGCUUCCAAAGUCAGAAGAUCAAUGAACAUUUUCCAGAUUCGAGUAACAAGCAGAACCAGGCCAUACGGGAGCUUUUGGAAGCAAUCUAUCCUCGAGCAGAUAACCAAGACUUUAUCAUCAAACUGGAACCUAUUGAAUCGAAUAAGAACGCCAUGUUCCAGCAUGUAACCAGGGUGGACGACCCAGCCUUCAACGCCGAGCCCUACAGCGCUGAAACCCCCAGCCCCGUGUUGGUGCCGGAGCCGGAGGUUGAGCAGGUGGUGCCAGUGGAAGAGCCGAGAGUCGUGAGUUCAAUCCCCACCGAGGUCGCCAAGAAGAAGGGAGCGGCCCCGCCGCCGCCGGCGGAGGAGAGCGCGGGGCCCGCCGAUGCGAAGGCCGAGAUCCCCGAAUCCUCCAGCCUCCCUCCCCACUUGAUCUGUUGCAUCUGCGGAAAGUCCUUCAACUCCCGACGCAGCGUCCGGCGCCACAUCAGGAAGGUGCACAAGAAGAAGAUGGAAGAGCUGAAGAAGUACAUCGGCACCAAGAGCAACAGGGGAAGCUGCCAGAGCCUCUCCUCCUCCUCCGGCAGCAACAGCAACAGCAACGGCGGCGGCAACAACAACAGGGUCUGGUCUAGGACCAUGGGCGCCGCCACCACCAACUGCCCCGUUUGCAACAAGUUCUUUGCCUCCAAGGCCAACGUGCGCCGGCACUUUGACGAGGUGCACAGGGGCCUGCGGAGGGACUGCAUCACCCACGAGGUGGCCACCAAGCCGGGGCAGCCCCUCAGCCUGGAAGAGUCGCCGCCGGAGCAGCCAGCAGCCCCGGCUCCUCGCAAACGCAAGCCCCCCUCCUCCUCCUCCUCUACCGCUACCACCACCACCGCCACCUCCUUCUCCAAGCUGGGGUACAGCCUGGCCGCCUGCAAGUGUCUGCUGUGCAAGAGGACGUACAGCUCGCCCAUCGUGCUGAGACGCCACAUGGUGGCCUUGCACAAGAUCCAUCUGGCCGAGCGCCCGUCCAAAGGGGUGACCGAGGCAACAGCGCCCGCCGGGGGAGGAGGAGGAGGAGGCGAUGGGAAGGUGCCAGGGACGGAGGCGGUCGUCGCGGCCACGGUGGCGGGUGCCGACACCCCCGGCGGGCCAGAGGCGACCCCUUCACCCACGGCCAAGGCAAGUGCUCCCCAGGGCGACCCCAAGAGUUCCGGCCGACAAGAGACAGCCGACAAGAGCAGCGGUCCGCUGCCCAAGCACAAGGGGGUGAAGCAGGAGAACGACAGCCCCCGGGCCGCCAGCCCAGCCGCUGCCACGGCCGCAGUCACCGCCACCACCGGCCAGAGCAAAGCCAAGAAGCCCAAGCUCUCCAUGGGCUUCGACUUCAAGCAGCUCUACUGCAAGCUGUGCAAGCGGCAGUUCACCUCCAAGCAGAACCUGACCAAGCACAUCAAGAUGCACACGGACGGCAACAACAUCUACGUCAAGUUUUACAAGUGCCCGCUGUGCGACUACGAGACCCGGCGCAAGAGGGACGUGGUUCGCCAUGUCACGGUGGUGCACAAGAAGUCCACCCGCUACCUGGGCAAAAUCAUCGCCAACCUGGAGAGCCGGGCGGUCAAGAAGCCCAUCGAGUUCGUCCUGAACCGGGCGCCCAAGAGGGGUCCACAGAGGGACGAGGGCAAGGCGGUCACCGCCGCCACCAUCAAGACCGAGGGCGCCUCCUCCUCCACCUCCCUGGUCUCGUCCCCGCUGGCUGGCAGGAGGAGCGAGAGCCUGGCGGAGCUGGGCACGGAGGUGAAGUUCACCAAGCAUUUCUCCCUUCACAAGUGUACUCACUGCGGGAAGGCCUUCGCCAAGAAGACCUACCUGGAGCACCACAAGAAGACGCACAGAAGCACCGCCCUGGCGUUGGAAAAUAAACACAUUGGCCGCAGCACCCGGUCCAAAGCCCUCUUGACCGAUGGUUCCAGAUGAUGUGCCAACGAUUUAACUUUGUAGAAUCCCAGCAGUGUGAAGAUCCAAGUUGUUGACCAGGUUGCGUGUGAGAGGAAGCCAAACUAUCGAGCACCUGAAAUUCAGAGCACUUCUACGUAAAAUGACAAUUGAAACGAGAUGAUAACAACUUUCCGGGACUCUUUUUAUUUUUACAAGUGGUACAAGAUGCCAUGCUAUGUGCGGCCAAGCCGAAGGAAAUAUGUAGUACCAUACUGGCCGUGAAUACCAAAUAUCUUUCCACACCUUGAGCAGAAACGUCUUGUUCACUCCAGUAUGCAAAUGAUAUUACAAGUCUACAGAAACCAUAUGCAAAUUACUUCAAUGUUAUUAAAAUUCACAAUGCCGUAUUAGUCCACUCCCAGAAUGCUGAGUCUUAUAUAGGAACUACUGGUGAAUGAUACAAAGUCCGAUGAACGUUACUUUGAUUGGGAAAGAACAGCACAUCAGGCAGUUCAUACUGUAUUCUGCACAAGCAUACUGUUUUCAGGCCUUCUUUCUCCUUUUAAGAGUGCAAAUGGUUACUACUGCUCCGUCUUGCAGUCACUCAGAGGACAGAGUGGCCACUGGAAAAUCAUUCUGAUAUCACUUUUGCAUGCGAGAGUCACAUCUAAAACAUUUGCAAAUCAAUAAGGGUAUAUCGAGAUGCACAACUGCUCCAUGUUUAUUAGCCGAGACUAGAAACGAACAUAAUUAUACCUUGAAAGGUUGGUCAUGUACAUUGUACAAUGUUUGUCUUGCAACCUUGAUAUCUUGAUGGUCAUUUGCACCAAAAAUGAAAUGAGAGAUUCUUUUAAACACCCCCGAAACAUUCUGCCUGCGAUUUAAGCUGAGAACUGAGUUUAGGUAACCAAAUGAAUUGCAUUUAAAUGUUCAGUGUGCUCAGCCGAAGUGAAAUUUAACUUGGGUCGAUCCUCGUAAACUGUAAAUGGAUGUUAAUUUGUGAAAGGAAUUAGGCAGACUUGUCAAACACUAUAUGCUACGAUGGAGCAUAUGGAAUCUUGUUAACUUUUACCGCUGCAAAUCGUUUGCAAUCAGCUAUAAUGGCCAAUUAAUUGUUUUCCUGACAAGCUGCCUAGUUGUACGUUUAUUGGUUCCAAGGAUGCUGACUACAAUGACCAAGAAAGCCAUGGUUUACCUGCGUUAGGCCUUGUAAUAUAGUAAUUGACACUUUUUUUGGCAAGACAUAGCAAAUGAAUUCAGUCCAUUUGUUUUCUGGCAUUUUUUUUGUGUUUAGGAUGAUCAGUUUGACUGAUGAGAACAGAGGCUUUUGUUGUCAGCAAUUCUUACCAUGCAAUUUGACAAGACAACUGCCUGGAUUCUGUGAAUCAAAGGAGUUCUGCUAAUGUACUACAUACAGCAAACUUUGUGGAGCGUGACGGAAGCUUGUAUAAAUAUCUUUAAGUUUUAGUUCUGGAAGUCUUUAGUUUAUUAAUCUCUGCAAAAACUACUGUCAGAACUAACAACAAAAGAGUUGUUAUGGGAAGGCUACGGAAUGCUGCAAGGGAAAUAACCAUUGCAUUUUCAAUUCUGAAGAAGAGUCCCGACCUGAAACGUCACCUAUCCAUGUUCCCCAGAGAUGCUGCCUGACCCGCUGAGUUACUUCAGCACUUUGUACCCUUUUAUUGCAUUUUGUAUUAUUUAGUAAAUUGAAGUGCUGCUCUUGGCUUCAGUCAGACAUUUGCAAUAAAUGGGUUGAAACGUCCCCAGGUGUCUGCUCACAAGCCAGCUACACAGGUGUGCUGUGAAGCAGUUUUGCCUUCCCAUCGAGGUAGCUGCACAGAGUGGCUUGCUUGUGAAGUCAGUCAAAUUGAUUUUGUGAGCUGGGGCAGAGACGAAAUCUGGUGUAAAGUUUCCAGGUGCUUCGUCUUUUAAAAAAAAAAAAACAUUAAAAAAAAUAUCAGAACUACUAUCAUGUAUUUGUGUUUCACAGAUUCAGUGAUAGAGAGCCAACAUUGGAUAGAAACAGAUGCUGAUGUACACAAAGUGCUGUUGUAACUCAGUGAGUCAGGCAGCGUCUCUGGAGAUCAGUGAUAGGUGACGUUUCGGGUCGGGACCCUUCUUCAGACUUGAGUCUGACUUGACUUGACCCGAUAACGUCACAUAUCCAUAUUCUGCAGAGAUUGUGCCUGACCUGCUGAGUUACUCCAGCACUUUGUGUCCUUCAGAGCUAUACAUUAACUUGGACCAGACUGUGUUGAGAUCACUUGCUAAUCUCGACCAAUGAAAUUUGCCCUGGAUUUAAAAAAAUGACAUGUGAGUUUAUGUAUUAAUUGAAUAGAAACUAUAAUGUUCAACGUAUUAAAGGUACAGCCUCAAUGUCCAUAUGGAAUAUAAGCCCAGGACACAAAAGUGGGCAGUAUGUUCCGCACACCAAAUAUAUGCCUCUGUAAAUUGAGCAGGUGAAUUUUAUGUUGA